AUGUCGAGUAUAACUGGAAUAUUUUUAGAGCUUUCAUUGUCCGUCUUUGGCUUCUCGCAUUUCAUUUUUUGUCUUCGCACAUUUUGCGAAACACCACUUGUCAGGAAUUUCUCUACCUGUUUUGUUGCUGAGUUAGAUUAUAAGCAAGCAAAAUAUGAGCAGAAGGAGCAAGAUGAACCCAAGAAACAAUCACGUGAGGAUUGGAAAAAAAUGAAAGAGUUAGAAGAGGCUCGUAAAGCAGGAACUGUUCCAGCAAUGCAAGAUGAAGAAGGAAAAGAUAUCAAUCCUCACAUUCCUCAGUAUAUUAUGCAAGCACCUUGGUACUUUGGAGCAGACAAACCAACUCUCAAGCAUCAACGUCCACAACCAGAAAAGUUAAAAACAUUUGCCAGAUUAGAUGAACAUUAUCAGCGAGGAGUAAAAGAGACUCAAAUUGCUACUAAAUAUAGAAAAGGAGCUUGUGAAAAUUGUGGUUCCAUGACUCAUAAGAAGAAAGAUUGUCUUGAGCGUCCUCGAAGAGUUGGAGCAAAAUAUACAAACAAUCAUAUAGCACCUGAUGAAUACAUACAACCUGUUUUAAAAUAUGAUUAUGAUGGGAAAAGGGAUAUUUGGAAUGGAUAUGAUCCAGAAGAACAUCAAAACAAACUUUUCAGAGAAUAUUCAAAAAUAUUGCAAGCAAAACAAUUGUUGAAGGAACAUAAAGACGCAGAAGUUAUUCAUGAGGAUGCAAUACAAAAGGCACAAGACAGUGAUGAUGAAGAUAAAUAUGCUGAUGAUCUUGAUAUGCCUGGACAGAAAUUUGAAACAAAACAAAGAAUCACUGUAAGAAACUUACGUAUUCGAGAAGAUACAGCUAAGUACUUACACAACCUAGAUCCAAAUUCCAGUUUUUAUGACCCUAAAACAAGAGCCAUGAGAGAAAAUCCAUUCAAAAACUCUGGCAAAGAUGAAGCAGAGAUGAAAUAUGCAGGAGACAACUUUGUUCGAUAUUCUGGUGAUGCUCAAAGAAUGGCUUCUAGACAAAUGUUUGCCUGGGAAGCAUAUGAACGAGGAGUAGAUGUCCAUCUUCAAGCUGAUCCUACCAAGCUGGAAUUAUUACACAAAGAAUUUGAAAACAGAAAGGACCAGUUUAAAACUAGCCAACGAGAAGGCAUUCUACAAAAGUAUGGGGGAGAAGAACAUUUAGAUACCCCACCCAAACAACUUCUACUUGCUCAAACAGAGGAUUAUGUUGAAUACUCUCGACAUGGAACAAUUAUCAAAGGUCAAGAAAAGGCUUCUAUCAAAUCACGUUAUGAAGAAGAUGUUUAUCCAAACAAUCACACUAGUAUUUGGGGUUCAUAUUGGAAAGAAGGUCUAUGGGGCUAUAAAUGCUGUCACUCCUUUAUUAAGGAAAGCUACUGUACAGGAGAGGCUGGUAAAGCAGCCAACUGUUCUGAUAUUUUGACUAUAACAAAUGAUACAAGUGUUUUAACUAAAGAACAUGAGCCACCAAAAUCUCUUCUACAGCUACAUGAAGAGAAUUACAAAAAAAAGGCACUCAAAAAACUAAAGAAAAAUUCCAAAAAGAAACAUGACAGUAGUAGUAGUAGCAGCAGCAGUAGUAGUAGUAGUAAUGAAAGUAGCAGCAGUAGUGAUGAUGAUAGCAGUUCAUCUUCAGAUGAAGAGGAGAAAAAAAAGAAAAAAUUAAAAAAGGCUUUGAAAGCUGAAGAAAAUCAUCAAAGGUGGGCAGAUGAAAUACUGAAGAUGGAUGAAAGGAAACGACCUUAUAACAGCAUGUAUGAAACAAAGGCUCCAACAGAUGCAGAAAUGGAAGCCUUCUACAUGAAGAGAAUGCGUGCUGAUGAUCCAAUGGCAGCUUUCAUUGGAAAAGAAUAA